CUUAAACUCACUUCAACAAUAACAUGUUGUCAAACAUUUGUUCACGCACAACUUGUUCAAAAGACUGAAACAUGUCAGCACUGGGGAACGAUUUGGUAGACAAGCGACUUCAGGGCGAUGCUAGCAUCAGGGCUAAAAAGUAUCUGAAUCAGGACUAUGAGAACCUCCGGAGUCAGUGCCAGAAACAGAGGAAGCUCUUCUGUGAUCCUCAUUUCCCCGCUGAACCCAGGUCUCUGGGCCUUAAUGAACUCGGACCUGAUUCCGUCAAGACCAAGGGGGUGGAAUGGAAAAGACCUGGAGAGUUGUGCUCCAAACCCCAGUUCAUCAUCGGGGGAGCCACACGUGCCGAUAUCUGCCAAGGAAAUCUGGGCGACUGUUGGCUGAUGGCGGCUAUUGCCUCUCUCACUCUGGAAAAAGACCUUCUGGCACGUGUGAUUUAUCCUGAACAGAACUUUACGGAUAAGUAUGCUGGCAUUUUUCACUUUCAGCUGUGGCAGUACGGUGAGUGGGUAGACGUUGUUGUCGAUGACAGGCUUCCCACCAGAAAAGGAAAGCUGCUGUUUGUGAAAUCGGCAGCAGAAAAUGAAUUCUGGAGUCCGCUCCUGGAGAAGGCCUAUGCUAAGGUGAACGGCUGCUAUGAGAAUCUUAUUGGAGGUUUUUCCAGUGAAGCCCAUGAGGACUUCACCGGAGGCAUCGCUGAGUGCUACACGCUGCGCAAAGCCCCAGUGAACCUGUUCAACAUCAUAAAGAAAGCACUGAGUCGGGGUUCUCUGCUGAGCACGUCUAUUUCCGCCAGCGCUGAGGAAAAAGAAGCCGUGACCAAAGAGUGUCUGGUGAAAACACAUGCCUACUCCAUCACGGAUGCAAAGCAGGUGCAAGUGUGUAAGAGUCCGGUAGAAUUGGUUCGUCUGAGAAAUCCCUGGGGUCACAUGGAGUGGAGCGGUGCCUGGAGUGAUAGGUCUAAAGAGUGGGAUCAAGUCUCACCAGAGGAUAAGGCCAAGCUUGUUUACUCAGCUGACGAUGGAGAGUUCUGGAUGACAUAUGCAGAUUACAUCCAGCGAUAUUCAAAGCUUGAGAUUUGUAACUUGACUCCAGACACUCCAUGCGAUGAUAAUCUGGGAUGUUGGAACUCUUCCCAGUUUGAGGGUGCAUGGAAAGUGGGCACUACGGCUGGUGGCUGUUGUAACUUCCCAGCUAAAUUCUGCACAAACCCACAGUUUCGGGUCAAGCUGGACACGGACAGUCAGUGCGAUAAACAAUGUUCAGUACUUGUGGCACUGAUGCAGAAAGAUGCACGCCAAGCAAAACAAAAAGGAUUUAAAGGCUACUCCAUUGGCUUCUACAUCUACAAGGUUCCAGAUAAGUAUAAAGGAAAGCCGGAUGUGUGCCUUCUACCCGAUGAUCUGCGGCGUCCAGUGGCUAAAUCCGACUUUGUGAAAAUGCGCGAGGUGUGUCAACGUUUCAACCUUCCGCUUGGUGAAUACGUCAUCGUUCCAGCCACCUUCGAGUCGAAUCAAGAGGCCAACUUCCUGCUGCGUGUGUUUUCAGAGAAGUAGGCUGCCUGAUAUUUAAUCAGUAAAUACGUAUAUCCAUGCACCGAUAAAUACAUGCCAAUUUACCAACAAAUACAUAUCCGAAUUAACCAAUGAAUAUCUAUGCCAAUUAACCCAUAAUUCUAUCUAUCUAUCUAUCGAUAUGCCUAUUGACCAAUAAAUAUAUAUGCCAAUUAUCCAAUAAUGAUAUCUAUCUAUCUAACUAUCUAUCUAUCUAUCUAUCUAUCUAUCUAUCUAUGCCAAUUAAUCCAUAAUUCUAUCUAUCUAUCUAUCUAUCUAUCUAUCUAUCUAUCUAUCUAUCUAUGUGCCUAUUAACCAAUAAAUAUAUAUGCCAAUUAUCCAAUAAUGAUAUCUAUCUAUCUAUCUAUCUAUCUAUCUAUCUAUCUAUCUAUCUAUAUGUAUAUAUAUAUGCCUAUUAACCAACAAAUAUAUCUAUCUAUCUAUCAAUCAAACAAUCAAUCAAUCAACCAAUCAAUCAAUCAAUCUAUCUAUCUAUCUAUCUAUCUAUGCCAAUUAACCCAUAAUUAUAUCUAUCUAUCUAUCUAUCUAUCUCUCUCUCUCUCUCUCUCUCUCUCUCUCUAUAUAUAUAUAUAUA